UGAUGCCUACUAUGCGAGUAACUUGCUAGUUGCCAGAAAUUGUUGUUGUAAGUUCAUUUCUUUAACUAUUGUUUUAAUUUGAAUUGGGUUUGGGAGUGGAAGAGUAGGAGUAGUAGGAGGAACCAACAAAUGGUGAGGAGGGAGGCAGAAGACUUGAGUCUUCAUAAGCUGUGCUUAUUUUGUUCCUUUUUGAAGUCUUAUUACCACUAGCUGCUGUUGUCAUUCCAAUCCCCUUUAAAGAAUUUCCCUUCAGAGCAGACAGUAGUUGUGCAUUUUGUGCUGCAGCAGUGGCACGAAAUUUAUAUUUACAGCUCCUAUGCAACUCUGUAAGAUUUUAAUAAUAAUUUUAUUUGCAUAUUUGCAUUUGUGUAGAAGAAAAUGUUUACUAAGGCAUUCAAACCCAACCUGCAUCAAGUAUUAAUAUGAAACUUUUUUUUUUUUUUUUUUUUUUACCUUCACCAUUUUCCUAUGAUACACUGGAACAUAACUGUCCCCUUAUUGUGAUAGUAUGUGCAGUACCAGGUACCAACUGUGCUGUCUUGCAAGCUGGAAGACAUGCAAAUAGGUGAUAGUCUGUGAAUGCAGCUGACAUUUAAAUAAGUAAAUAUAACAGUGAUUGGUGUAACUUUUUUUUUUUCUUAAAAACAAACUGAAAAAAACAAUAAAAUCCUCAAUGUUUUUUGAGGUGAAGUGAGAAUGAGAAAAAGAAAGAGGGUAAGCUCAGCUGGGUGUAGGAAUGUGCUGUGGUCUGGGUGGCAAAAGGUGCAACAAAACCUGGAGCAGCCCAGCGAGUGGGUUAUACUUCAGAAGCACAUUGGCAGGUCACAGGCAUGGAAACUGGCGAGAACAUUGAAGAGCAUUUGAAAGUCCACAAAGUGAAGAAGAAGAUACUGAGGAAGCAGGUCAGAGCCCAGCAUACGCUGAUGAGACACGAGGGCAUUGAGUGCAUCUCCCAUGCUACACAGAGCCUGGUUAUUGCCAAUGCUGGCCUGGGUAAUGGGAUGAGUAGACAUCAACUGCACAGGAUAGUAGAAAACUAUGGAAUGGUGGAAGCACUUCUAAUGCCACCGAAUAAACCAUAUUCAUUUGUGAAAUAUGAGUCAACAGAAGAUGCCAAGAAAGCCUUUGAUGCCCUGAAUGGAAAAGAAGUAACACUGGAAGACUCUGACCAAAACAUUGUUUUGUAUUGUAAUUUUGUGGAAAAAGUUUGCUGGGAGAAUUCUGUUCCUACAAGCUUGCCUCCAGACCUCAAAGUCAUUGAAAAUAUUAUUUCUCCAGAGGAAGAAAGGAAGAUGCUGGAAAGCAUUGACUGGAAAGGAGAUGAAAAUACUCAAAAUGCCCAGAAGACUUUAAAGCAUAGAAGAGUAAAACACUUUGGAUAUGAGUUUUGCUAUGAUAACAACGGUGUUGAUAAAGACAAGCCUUUACCUGGAGGUCUUCCUGAAAUUUGUAUCCCGUUCUUAGAGAAAUGCUUGAAGCAAGGAUAUAUCAAACAUAAGCCUGAUCAGCUGACUGUAAAUCAGUAUGAACCCGGACAAGGAAUUCCUCCUCAUAUUGAUACACAUUCUGCGUUUGAGGAUGAAAUAAUCUCUCUCAGUUUAGGAUCUGAGAUUGUGAUGGAUUUCAAACACCCUGAUGGCCACACAGUGGCAGUUAUGCUGCCUCGACGCAGCUUGUUGGUGAUGGCUGGUGAAUCCAGAUACCUGUGGACACAUGGGAUUACACCCAGAAAAUAUGAUGUCAUUCAAGCAUCUGAACUUGGACAGAAAGUUGGAACAAUCACUGCUGAUGUUAGAGAUUUAACACUGAAACGAAGGGAAACAAGGACAUCGUUUACAUUUAGGAAAGUGAGGAGAAGCUCUUGCAAUUGCAUUUACCCAUCUGUCUGUGACAGCCAGAAAGAACAGCAAAGACAAGCAGAACCAUCAUUUCCACACAGUGAGAUGGAGGCCUCAGAGCUGGAGCAGGAACAUGUACACAAGGUGUAUGAAGAGAUUGCCACACACUUCAGUAGUACCAGGCACAGCCCGUGGCCCCGGGUUGUUGAGUUUCUCAGGUCACUGCCAGAAGGGUCAAUAGUUGCUGAUGUUGGCUGUGGUAAUGGGAAAUAUCUAGGCAUCAACAGGGAUUUGUACAUGAUCGGCUGUGAUCGCAGCAAAAACCUUGUGGGUAUUUGUGGAGAAAAAGGUUCCCAGGCUUUUGUCUGUGAUGCCCUAUCAGUGCCAAUCCGGAGUGGUUCUUGUGAUGCCUGCAUCUCUAUUGCUGUCAUCCACCAUUUCUCAACAGCAGAAAGAAGGCUGGCAGCUAUCCGUGAACUAGCCCGGCUUCUAAAGCCUGGUGGAAUGGCACUCAUUUAUGUGUGGGCAAUGGAGCAAGAAUACAAAAACCAGAAGUCUAAAUAUCUUAAGGAAAAGCAUGGCAGCAAAAACAAGGAGGAGGCAAGCAAUACUGGCAUGUCCCAGAGACUGCCUGAUGAUCAAAAGCCUGAUAGCAGCAGCCAAGGCUCAGCAUGUUCUGCCCGACUGCUUGAUGACUCAGAGGACAAAGGCUGUGCUGCAAAGCAAGCAGUGGACUCCAGGCUGCCUGUUCACACCAACCGGACCUCCUUUCACUCUCAGGAUAUGCUGGUUCCCUGGCAUUUGAAAGGUGGCAUCAAAAAGAAAGGGGCAAGUGUUGAUGAAGUAUCAUUUCCAGCUGGCUGUAAGGAGUCACAAGAACUCAGUCCUGUUUUCCACCGCUAUUACCACGUGUUCCGUGAAGGGGAACUGGAAGCAGCAUGCAGAUCCUUGGACUGUGUGAGGAUUCUGAAGAAUUACUAUGAUCAGGGAAAUUGGUGUGUGGUUCUAGAAAAGCUGUAGACCACAGUACUUCCUCGAUUGCCUUUCUUUUUUGUGGAAGCAUUUUUGAUGCAGACUGUUAGCUCUUCUAAAAUGUCAGAAUAAAAGAUUGUUUAUUAACAGUAA